CUCUCUCUCUCUCUCUCCCUCUCUCUCUCUCUAUUUCUCAGGUGAUGAUGGACACUCAGAAGGAAGCUCUGUGCCGGAUCAUCAGCACGUUGGCCAAUAAGAAUGAAGAGCUCCAAACCUUCCUGGAAACAGUCGACAACACACUGACGGGACUGCAGGAGGAGUCGUGUUCGGUGAUGUCAGAGCUGGAGGCGGAGCUCGACCAGCUAAGCUCCGCCUUGGAGGAGAGGGGGGCGUGGCUUCGUGACGUCAUUAAAGAGGAGAAGCAGAGGAAAGAGGCGCAGCUUCAGAAGCAGCUGUCGGAGGGAAAGUCGGCUGUUUUAUCAUGUGAAGAACUGCUCGAUUUCGCCAAUCAGACGCUGACAAUUACCAACGAAGAAGAGUUCCUGAAGGCUGCAAAACAAAUCAAAGAAAGGAUAACAAUGGCUCCAGCGUUCCGGCUGACGACUCGUCCGUCGGUUUCGGAGAACAUGUCUCAGUUUACCGUCGACUUCAGCGCCGAGAGGGCAGGGCUUCAGCGACUUCACUUCCUGUCCGUUCCCGGAGCUCCAGAGAUCGACGUCUCCGGCUGCCUUGUCUGUGACAACACAGUCAGGGUUGCCUGGCAACCGGCCAGCGAGGCUGACGGCGAGGGCGAGGUCGGACGAAUCGAACACUAUGAACUUGAAUACCGAAAAACAAACCGUGACAGCUCGCUGAGAGCCGCAGGAGAGGCAUGCUGGGAAAAAAUCCCCGACAUCCGAGACACACAUGUCACCAUCUCAGGUCUGAAGUUUGACUCCUGCUUCAUCAUCGUUCGAGUUCGUGCGAGAAACAAAGCGGCUGCUGGCGAGUUCUCUGAGCCUGUCACCUUGGAAACCAGAGCGUAUAACUUUGGGUUGGAGGCGGCGACAGCGCAUGCGGAGCUGCAGGUUCGGGGCGACACGGUGACCUGGGAGCCUCAGGGGGUCAAAGGUCAUGACCCCCGCCUGAGAGGAAAAGAGAACAAAAGCAGCAGAAGCGCCACGCCGUCGCCCAAUAAGACGGCAGGAAAUCGAGCCGGACGCGACCGUUUCGCCGGAGAGUCGUACACCGUGCUCGGCGACCAGGAGUUGACUGGCGGCUGUCACUACUGGGAGCUCCGGCCCCUUGCUGACUGGAAGUCCUUCAGUGUGGGCGUGGCCAAUCGGGCCAGCCUGGGCCGCUUCGACCAAUUAGGGAAGAGUUCUGGUUCCUGGUGUCUCCAUGCUAGCCAAUGGCUGCAGAGCUCACUCGCCGCCAAACACAACAACCGAGCCAAGGCCCUCGAUUGGCCGAUGCCGCAACGAAUUGGAAUCUACUGCGACUAUGACAACGGAGAUCUAUCGUUCAUCGAUGUUGAUCGACUUCAUCUUCUUCACUCCUUCAAAACAAAGUUCAGCCAACCACUCGUCCCCGCCUUCACCGUUUGGUGUGGUGGUAUCACCAUAACGACGGGCCUCCAGGUGCCGAGCUUCAUGGGUAAUUUCCUCUCCACCAAUCGGAGCCUCAGCAACCUGUCGCAGUAGAUCAACCAAUCAGCUGUU